CCUGAAUCCGCCCCUGACUGAAAUUGUAAACAACAAUCGUCAUUUUUGAUAUGUCUGUUUUAAUUACUGGUAUUUUUGCUUUAUGUUUCAUGCAUGAUAUCUUUAUCAUUUAUAUAUCAACUGUACAGUGAACUGUAUCAAUAAUUAUUAUUGAUUCUCAUUUUAUAUAAAUAAAAAUGAUAGUAAGAAAAAGUGUCUGAAUGCAAUAGUUCUUUAUAAGUUCUGUAGAUUAUGGAGAAGCUAGUGUGUCUCAUAUUCGUGAUUCAUUUCAGUAGGGUCUUAUCAUGGGAAGGGCCAGAAGUGACUGUUCCCUUUGGGAAAAUUAAAGGUACGUGGGAAUAUUCCCUCGAAGGAAGAAGAUACAGUGCUUUUCAAGGAAUACCUUAUGCGAAGCCACCUAUUUCAAAUCUAAGAUUCGAGGAAUCUGUUCCUAUGGGACCAUGGGAUGGUACCUGGCCUGCAAUCAUUUCACAUCAGUGUGCUCAGAUAGAUGUAACCUCAAUCAUCUUUACAGGAAAUAUCACAGGAAAGGAAGAUUGUUUGUACCUGAACAUCUUCGUCCCAGGUGAAAAAAUCAACAGGACCAGAAAAUACGAUGUCUUCGUAGACAUUCAUGGGGGUGCAUUUAUGAUAGGAAGCGCCAGUCUCAUCAACAACCCCCCGUACAUCAUGGACACCAUGGAUGAAAUGAUUUUUGUCGCGAUAAACUACAGGGUGGGCCUGUUUGGAUUCCUGAGUACCGAAGACGAUUCCAUCCCUGGGAACAACGGGAUGAAAGACCAGGUGUUGGCUCUGAAAUGGGUCAAGGAGAACAUCGAAUAUUUCGGAGGAAAUCCGGAUUCGAUUACCAUUUCCGGGUAUUCGGCAGGGGGGGCCAGUGUGCAUUUGCACACGCUGUCGCCCAUGUCGAGAGGGUUGUUCCACAAGGCUCAUAUCGGGAGCGGGUCUGCUUUCAGUCCGUGGGUCAUCAAAGAAAAACCUCUGGAAUUUGCCCAAAAACUUGCAGAUGUUACAGGAUGUCCUACUGAACCAUCUCAGUUACUGAAACAGUGUCUGAAAACAAGACCGGCCAACGUUCUACUGAGUGUUUAUAGACGAUUCUAUGGGUAUGGACAAAUGCCUUUUUCACCUUUUGCAGUGGUAGUUGAGAAAAAUGGGACGAACCCGUUCCUCUCCAAAUUACCCUACGAGUUGGUCAAAGAAGGGCAUAUGGCGGAUAUACCUUUAAUAUUUUCUAUUGUGAAGGAUGAAGGACUCUACCCAUCAGGUUAUUAUUGUAAAGAACCUGAAAAAAUAGAAAAUGUUUGGACAGAUGUGGCCCACUAUCUCCUGGACUAUAACUACACCCUGCCAUUAGAAGAACGUAUUAAUGUAGCCAGAAAAAUCAAGGAUAUGUAUAUGGGUCCAGGAGCUAAGAUCAACGAAGCUACUUUCUUCAAUUUCACAAAAAUAUUUUCAGACCGAGAUUUCAUUGUUGCAACGGAAGAAGCAGCAAAGCUGCAUGCUGCAGCUACAAAAUCCCCAGUUUAUUUCUAUUAUUUCAACUAUCAAAGCCCAAAUAUAAGUUCUUCAGCAGUAUUCUGCGAGAAAGGAGACAUUGGGGGAAUAGCACAUGCAUCAGAUGCUAUUAACUGCUUUGGUUUCAGUUUAACGAAAUAUUUGUCAAAAAGUGAUAAGGAUAUGAAGGAAAAAUGUCAUCAGAUGUACUCUGCUUUUGCAAAAACAGGAUUACCUGUAUUCGACGCCAAUGUACCAUGGAAACCUACCUCAGGGGAUGAGCUGGUGUAUUUGAAUAUCACUGGGCCGGACAAUGUGAAAAUGGAAAAAACGAAAUCUUUGGGUAAUGUUGACUUUUGGAGGAAGUUAGGUCUAGCUGAGAAUGAAAAAGAUGUGUUUCCGAAUGCCAAUAUGAAACAUUAUGUAUGAAAGUUGUAUUAUAUAUCUUUAAAUCAAGAAUCAGUGUUUUUUGUGGAAUUUUAAGAAAAAAAGUCUACAUAAACUUGGGUCCAGGAAUGCUUCAUUUAGGAGAUACAGGGUGUUGAAAUACAGAGAACAAAUAAUUCUUUGAUAAACAUCGCAUUUCAUAGAAAAAAUGUAUUUUAUUUUGACGAGACCUACACCACAUACUUGGUUUUGUAAUAUUCUCAGCAACUUCAAUUUAGUGCCCCUAUAAAUAGGAACUAGUAACAUAAUUAUGCCUCGAUAUAGAAAAUUGUAAAUAUCGCAAAAACGAUCACCUCCAUAGCGUUGUUGAGGAAAUGUACCUUUUGCUUUUUCACUUGAAAAAGAUAUGGCGCAAUAAGGAUUUUCCAUGAAAAGUACCAAAAGUUUACUGUCAAAAAUGUUGAGAUGAAUAAUGACAUUGUACGCAGCGCCCUCUAGAGAUUACAUAAUAUAAUUAAUAUAAAAGUAUGAUUUUUCACGUCAAAAAAAAAACUGGAUAACAAAUUUUGAGAAAAUAACUUAUUUUUUGCAGUGUUUUCAAAAUUCGAACGAACAAAUUCAAUUUCAACACCCCGUAUCUUCCGGACACAAGUUCAUAUAUAAGUAGGUCUUUUUUCUUAAAAUGGUCUCAGGAAUACGUCACUUGAAUAUUUAAACGUACCUAAGUAUAUGUUACACCCUGUACAUAUAAAUAACCUACUCACCCUAUUUGUAUUUCAAUCAGUUAUAUCCCAACCAUAUCUAUUAUAUAUCACUAUUUGACACAGCACCCACUAUAAUGUGAAAUUUAGAACAAAU